ACGCAACACCAAAACAAAUGACCGAUGUGUACAGACGCCUGUGCUCGCUCCGCAGCUAUAAAUAUGUUUUUUCGACUAAUAUUGUUCGAAUUCUGCAAAGUGAAGAGAUGAAUAAGUUCACACUCUUUCUGGUGUUUCUGUGCGGGGCAAUUUUCGCCGGUCUGGUGUCUCUGAUGCACAGCUCAUGGCGGUUUUACGCGUCGUCCGAGCUGGCGAUGGUGUCCUCCCUCGGGGCCAUCCCAGCGGGGUCGGAUUUGGAGCUCAUGGACGACGGGUACGUGGCCAUGGCCCUCCUCGGGGCGCACGACGAGGACCAGGCCGUCUCCAAGAAGCAGACGACGGAGCUGGAAGACAGGCAUGCUGAGAUAGAGGCAUUAAAUACAUUAAAAGCAGCACAAGAAUUGGUACACUCAGGAAAGAGCGUUAGAGCUGGUAGGCUUUUGGAGCAUGCCUUUUCUUUGGCACCAAGGCACCCAGAUGUUCUCAUACAUUAUGGAGAAUAUUUGGAGCAUCACCGCAAUGACAUUGUGCAAGCGGAUAAGCUAUACUUAAGGGCCUUGGCUGUGUCUCCUGCUAAUUCAAGGGCAUUAAGAAAUCGACGUAGAACUAGACCCAUCGUUGAUGAUAUGGAUGCAGGGAUUUUUAGUCGUAUUGAUGGCAAAAGAGAUGAUUUAGCACUAAUCCCGAGUUCCUCAGCUUCUCUGAGACGCAUUAAAAAGGAAGCUUACUUCCAGUACAUUUACCACACAGCAGGCAUUGAGGGGAACACCAUGACCCUGGCACAGACUCGGAUGAUCUUGGAGACUAGACUAAGUGUUGGAGGGAAGAGUGUCAUGGAACAUAAUGAGAUCUUGGGUCUGGACCUUGCUCUCAAGUAUAUCAACAUGACCCUAGUGCACAGAGUUGGCCGCAUAACUCUGCAUGACAUUCUGGAAAUUCACCGAAGGGUUUUGGGUCAUGUUGAUCCCAUUCAAGCUGGCCAGUUACGAACAACUCAGGUUUAUGUAAGUGAUCAUGUUCCACCUCCACCAACACACUUGCAAGUUCUUAUGGAAGACUUUGUGCAGUGGUUGAACUCACCAGGGGCUCAGAGACUCCAUCCAAUCAAAUAUGCAGCUCUUGCCCACUACAAGCUAGUGUUUAUACACCCAUUUGCCGAUGGAAAUGGAAGAACAGCAAGAUUAUUAAUGAAUUUUCUGUUAAUGCAGGCUGGCUACCCACCUGUGAUAAUCCGUAAGCAAGACAGGCUUAUGUAUUAUGACUGUCUUCAAACAGCUAAUGAAGGUGACACUCGGCCAUUCAUUAGAUUCAUUGCACACUGCACUGAGAAGACAUUAGAUGUAUAUUUGUGGGCCACAAAGGAAGCCUUACCCAAAAUAGGCCAGGAAAAUGAAACCAAAGGUGGAGUGAAUAAGUUGAAAAAAGACCACCAAGAAAAAGAUUAUGAAAUGGCUGAUAUCAAGCCCAAUGUUGAUAGUGAGGAAGUCAAAAAGUUUUCCUUUGAAUCAGUUGAUGACAUUCCGCCAUGGCAAGUGGAAGAAGAGGACUAUAAAGAGAAAGAACUGUUCAGUGGAGGUCAGAGUUAUAUACCCACAAACAUUGAAGAUGACAUACUUAAGGAAGGUUCUAGUCAUAGGUCAGAAAGUAGUGUUGAUCAUGAGCAUGGUUAUAAGUUAUGGUUUGCUAGUGACGAAGAUCAUGGGACAGUAAGUGGAACGAGGAGAUAUGGGAGAGUACUAGAUGAGCAAGCUUUGUUUGAAGAAGUUACAAUAGAAGAUAAAGUUAAGGACAUAAGGGACCAUGAAGAUGACGAGAACACUAUAUCACGUGGUCUUUAGUAAAAAUAUAUUUUUAAUUUUCUAACUAUAUAUUGAAUUAUUAGGAUUUUAGACGUACUUGAAAUUUUACGUCCACACUUGCACGGCAUAUAUGUAUAAAGUGACAAUAAUAUAUAUAUUUAUUUAUUUUAGAGAAAUCUUUAUAAUAUUGUUGAUAGUACUAUACCCUAACACCUAAACCAUAGUAGGUUUGAGUGCACAAGUUAGAAUAAGUGUCACAUUUGUUAAACUAUUAAUGUUUUUAUGUUAAGGUUGUAUAUAUUAUACAACAGUAUUUAUAUUUUUGAGCAUUCAUCAGGGACCUAUUUAUUAAAAUGGUGUCCUGUAAACUCCCAGUUAGGAAGAAAAAAAAAUGUUGAUAUUAGUAUAAUAAGGAUUUUUUUUUGUAUAAUAUAUAUGAAUAUCAUACUAGUGCUCAAGAAUCAUAUUGUGAAAGUAAUGAAAAAAAUGCUUAUGCAGUAUUUUACCCCAAUACCCUUUCAAGAUUUGUGCAGUUUUAUUGUUUAUAUUUUCUUUUCUUUUUUGUAUUGUAAUAUAUUUUUGGAUAGAUUAUUUACAUUUUUAAGUGUGAGACAUGCCUGAAAUUUGAAUCUACCAUUUUCUUAUACAUUAAUAUAUAUUUAUUUUAGAUUCUAUCUAUUCUCUAUUAUUUGGAUGAAUUUGGCAGGUCUCCAUGGUUAAAUGUUAUUCACAAGAUACCGGUAUGUUUUUUGCUUUAUUUGGGCAUUUCCUUAUAAUUUUAGGUGAUAUUGGUCAACAUUUAUCAUGGCUGAUUGCAGAAGGGUACAGGAAAUUGUUAUCUGUUGAAUCAGUUUUUCUGUUCUAGUUCAAAAAGAGAAAGAAAAAUAAAUAGAUAAAAAAGUAAGAAGUCUGUUAUGCCAGAUUUGUUAAAAAGAGAGAAAAAGUAGAAAGUCUAUUAUGUCAGAUUUGUUAUUCCAAAAUGCUGCUGCUCCUUAUCCACACCUCAAACUUUCAUUUGGCUUAGGUAUUAUUAGAACUUUUGCAAUUUGAGCAAAAUUUCUUUCAUAACUGCCUCCUUUUUUAUUGCAGAAUGAUUAUAUUCAUGAAAUUUGAAAAGCUAGACAGCAUAUAUUUCAAUAUUUUAAAUUUAAUUCUUUCUUGCAAAUCUUUGCACUUUUUAUUAAAAGUAACAUACUAGCCCAAAUUUAUUAUUGCAUUGCAUGAAACUUGCCUUCAAAUCAGUUCUUGAUAAGGAUGGAUUUCUAAUGUGAAGAAAGAAUUGAUGUUAAUAAUGAGAUAAACUCAUUAUUAGCAUGGCAUGAUGACAUUCUUCUGGCUUGUUCUUGUGUUCACAUUUUACAUUAUUAUUCUUACAUGCCUGACCCAUGAAUACUGAACGAUACCAAGAUUAAUACAGUGACCAUUCACAUUAUAUUUUGUAGGUCUGCAGUUAAUUUAUGAAUACCAGAAGUCGAGGGUUGUUUCUGUAAGAGUAACAAAUGAAGCAUGAUUUAACCAUAAACACUAUACCAAGCUCGGAUCUAGUAACUAACAGUGGUACCAGAUCUAGCAGUGAAUCCAGGGCACCUAAAUGUGGUUCUUGGAGGGCACUCUCUUGUUAUGUUUGCAGAGAAGACAGCUCGGUUUGUGGCAUUUUACCUCUUACCAGCUUUUACCAACAGGCAUGGUCAUUUUGAUGGUUUGCCUCUGGUUUCUCACUUUUGACAUCAUCGCAGCCUCUACCUGUCAUAGACUGUGAUUUAGCAGGUUUGUCUGUGUGGGUACUGCCCCCUAUGUGGAUGGGCCCAGAGAUAGAAUGAACUUGCUAUUGCUUAUGUAAAAUGUGUAAUUUGGAAACAAAACUCAUAAAGCUCUUUUAUACUAGUAGGUACUCAAAUAGUUUAUUUUGUUAUAUGUAAUGAGUCAGACAUUCAUUAAAAAGUUUAUAUGUCAUGUAAAGGAGAUUCUUCCAUAUUCAUUAAAACCAAAGACUAGGCAGGAGUUUAAGUAUAAUAUUUUAUGAACAUUAUAAUACACAAGCAUAUAUAUUGAAAACUAGUUUCUCUUUUUGCCUAAGGGUUUCAUGAUGGAACUCUUAUUUAACCCAGUCAUGACAGGAACCUCCAGUGGUAUACUGAACAAUACUUCAGGGUGCAUACUGAGUCAGCUGCCCAAGAGAAAAAAAGUAGAAGCAUGGUAAACAUAAAAUUAGUCUGCUCUGUGUUCUCGGCUGUGACAAACAAUUUUUUAGGUAAUGAGAUUUAAAAGUUUAAAACCUCUUUUGAAGGACCAUAGCUAAGUUGUCCUCACGUGAUGCUUUGGCAUGAAUGGGUUAAAUGAGUCAUAACAUGAUGUAUGUAUAGAAAUGUGCAUAUGUAGAAAAUUUAGGAAUAAUGAUAUUGAUAGUAAUAUGUGUAUUGUUGUCAUUAUAUAAAUAGUUACUGACAAUAAUGACAAUAAUAACAACAGUAAUGAUAAUGAUAAAGUUUUAAAUGAAGGUUUGCUGGUUAUAGUAAUGAACACAAAAGUAAAGAAAAUAUACAUGUGUUUUUACAUGACAAUUUUUAAAUUAAUUUUCAUUAAUGAAUAUUAUUGUCAUGCUGGGGAAAUUAAAAGAAAAGUAAUAAGAAAAAGACAUUUCUUUAUUGCAAAUACUAUAAAUAUAUAUAACUCAUUCUUGCUUGGAAUGUCUUUCCUCUAAAAAGAAACACAAGAGAAAAGAAGUUGUAUUUCCUGUACCACUUACUGGUCCCCCUCAAAAAAAAAAAAAAAAAAAAAAAGUGCAGAAUAAUCUGAAUCUUUUGUAAAGUUAACCUGAAACAUACCUUGAAGAAUAAAUUAAUUCCAUAUUUGGAUGUUUCGUAGAUGACAUAACAUUUGGGGUCUCAACUGCAGUUAAUGGGUUCUAUCUUAAAUAUUUGCAAUAAAACUGUCUGCUAUUUACAAUGCAUGUAUUCUGACUCAAGAAAAUUAAAUAUUAUGGACAUUUUUUUCUGUGCAUCAUGAUCAGUUAAUACAUUAGCAAUACAAA